GAAGUAUCAGACUACUGAUCUAAAGUGUUUCCCAUCUUCUUUUUGGCUUGCUCCCCUUCGUCAUCAUCAAAUAAAAAAUCCGCAAACAUCCAGCGAGCCAGCGCUUGAACACACCACGGAGCUUCUCUGCCCGUCCUCAUGGCCGACGGCGAUGGUUGCUCCAUCCCCCUCCCCCUCCCAGACGGCUGCCUUUUCCUCGGGUUUGAUUGCUCCACGCAGUCGCUGAAAGCCACCGUGCUGGACGCGAGCCUCGCAAUCGUCGCCCACGACGCCGUGCACUUCGACUCCGAGCUGCCGCACUACGGCACGGAGGGCGGCGUCCGCCGGGACCCGGCCGAGCCGGGCCGCAUCGUGUCGCCGCCGCUGAUGUGGGCCGAGGCCCUGGACCUGCUCCUCCGCAGGCUCAAGCCCAGGGUGGACUACGGCCGCGUAGCCGCCGUCUCCGGCAGCGCGCAGCAGCACGGCAGCGUCUACUGGGGCCGCGGGGCGGGCGCCGCGUUGGCCUCCCUGGACCCGGCCAGGGGCCUGGCGCCGCAGCUGGCCGGCGCGUUCGCCGCGCCGGAGUCGCCCGUGUGGAUGGACAGCAGCUCGACGGCGCAGUGCCGGGAGGUCGAGGCCACGCUGGGAGGCCCGCUGGCGCUGGCCCGGAUGACGGGGUGCCGGGCGCACGAGCGGUGCACCGGCCCGCAGAUCAGGAAGAUGUUCCAGACGAGGCGGGGCCUCUACGACGGCACCGAGAGGAUCUCGCUUGUCAGCUCGUUCAUGGCGUCGUUGCUCAUCGGCGGCUAUGCCUGCAUCGACCAGACCGACGGUGCCGGGAUGAACUUGAUGGACAUUGAGACGCGUCAGCUGCGCCAAGAUGCCCUUGAGGCUACAGCUCCAGAUUUGGAUGUGAAGAUUGGGAAGCUAGCACCAGCGCAUGCUAUCGCUGGAACUUUAGCUCCUUAUUUUGUUCAGAGAUUUCAGUUUCCAAGCAACUGUCUGGUUGUUCAGUGGUCAGGGGACAACCCCAAUAGCCUUGCAGGCCUAACAUUGAGCAAUCCUGGUGAUCUAGCAAUCAGCCUUGGAACAAGUGAUACAGUAUUUGGGGUUACUGAUGUGCCUGAACCAUCCCUGGAUGGAAACGUACUUCCUAAUCCAGUUGACCCCAACACCUACAUGGUUAUGCUUUGCUAUAAAAAUGGAUCUCUAACUCGAGAAGACAUUCGUGAUCGUUAUGCUGAGAAAUCAUGGGAUGUGUUCAACAACUUGCUUGAGCAAACAGACCCCCUAAAUGGAGGGAAACUAGGAUUUUACUACAAGGAGCACGAGAUCCUGCCACCACUUCCAGUCGGGUUUCACCGCUACAUUGUUGACACCUUAACCAAUGGACCAUUAGCUGAGACCAAGGAACAUGAAACCGAUGAGUUUGAUCCUCCGUCAGAGGUGCGUGCGUUAAUAGAAGGCCAGUUCAUGUCCAUGAGGGGACAUGCCGAGAGGUGCGGCCUGCCGGUGCCUCCGAAGCGGAUCAUAGCAACUGGUGGCGCCUCGUCGAACCAGGCCAUUCUCAAGACGAUGGCGUCCAUUUUCGGCUGUCCGGUUUACACUGUUCAGAGACCAGACUCUGCCUCGCUGGGUGCUGCUCUGAGGGCAGCCCAUGGGUGGCUCUGCAAGCAGCGCGGCGAGUUUGUGCCGAUCUCACGCGUGUACUCGGGCAGAUUGGAUAGGAAAUCGCUCAGCAUGAAGCUGGCUGUUCCAUUUGGGGGCUGCGAGGGGGACGAUGAGCUCCUGAACAAGUACGCGUUGUUGGUGGAGAAGAGGCUGGAGAUUGAGCAGAAGCUUGUGGAGAGGUUUGGCCGUGUGAAGUAGCUUGUUUUGGGGCAACAUUUCUCUGUGGAUAUUGAAAAUCGCGUCGACGGUAGUGGACCUCUGAAAAUGCAUCUUCAGAGAAGGAUAGUAGAGAAAUUGGAUCAGGACUUGAGAAGUGCAGGUGCAGCAGGCAGUAGCUGCCUAGUUUAGGCAUGGACAGUCACCAUGGUAACAUCGUUUCAUGGGUAAGGAUUUGUAUUUUACGGAUUGAGCAUGGAAUGCUUCUUAAGUACUCCCUCUGUCCCAUAAUAUACGAUCUAAACGCUUUUAGAUCACUAAAGUAGUGAUCUAAAUGAUCUAAACGCUUUUAUAUUAGUUUACUAGGUAGUAUAUCAUAAGUUAUAUAUCAUGGGUUGUCGAGCGGUGUGGGAUAUCCAUUUUGAUUAGCAAAAAUAUGUAAGCGCCUGCCUAUGUAUCAGGCGACCGGAAAAACUUUUUUUUGGCCAAAGUGAAAACAUUUUCAGGUUACAAGAGGUUUAGCAAAGGCGCAAAAUUAAGCAGAUGUUUUUGUCAGUCAGUCGUGCUUUGGCCCAUGUUUGCAAGGGAUGGACAAUGGGGGCAUGAGCCAACCAUCAUAAAGAUCAAGCUAUUGUUUGUGACCAAAAAAACUUGGUAAGAUGGAUUUAGGACACUGGGAAAACAUGCAGCGUAUAACGACAAGCCACGGCGGGACCUUACUCCGGGACAGAGAAUCUGAAGCGCAUCUGCAAGAUUCAAAGCGAAGUCGGCAUGCACCGGCUUUUGCCAUCUGCAGUUCCCACUUCCAAAAGUUGAUGACAAAAGGUUGGUCGACCACAACGCUUCACAGCAAGAUGGACAGGCUCAAGAUGCGAUAAUUCUAGACUUACUAAGACUUGGGUAAAGUUUUACGUAACCCUCCUCCCCUCUAAUCCCAAUCACAAAUCGCCAGCUGUCUAAUCACGUAAGAUUACGUUAACUUUGUUCGUAGCUGUAGCAUUGCUCCUCAAGAUGUCAAAAGAAAAAAAGAAAGGACAGGGCACAGCGGGGCGGAGCGGAAAGGCGUGCGUGCGUACUGGGUCGCCAUGGAAAGUUGCUUCCCCGCCGGGGUGCCAAGAGCGCACAGUUUUAGCUCUCCUCGGCAGGAGGUAAUAGCACUGCAGGUCCUUAAACUUGCAGUGGAUGUGAUGAUUUGGUCCUUGAAAUUGAAAAAGUGGAUUAUUUCAUCCCUCAACUUGUCAUGGAUGUGCAAAUUUAGUCCAGGGCCAAUCAAAACUCGCCAAGUGGAGCCAGCUGGCCUGGGCCGGUCAGCGCCGUGCAUUUUGCUGUUUACCCCCUGCCUUUAUCACGAAUCAACCCGCACUACUGCACCUGAGUUAACUGGUGGGUAUAUUCCUUCUCUGGGUCUCAUUGCACAAAACAACUCUGCACUGUAAAGUUUUGCGCAGCAAUUAAGGGGACGAUACAUACAAUACAUGCCUUGAUUCUUUUGGGCAAAGUUGGAUAGUAUAUAGAUUCAAUUGGUAUAUACUGGAUGAUAUAUAUGCUCCUUCAUUUUCUGAAAACAAGCGUCAAGUAUUUCCGAACGGAGGCAGUAGUAGUAUGUUUGUGUUUGUAGCCUGUUCGGCAUAGGAGCUCGCAUCAAUUCAAAUGCAUUUCUUUUUGUCGCCUGUAUGUCUGUUAUUAUCUGUGCUCGGCUCAGUACAUGGAAUUAAAAAGUGCUUUCAGGAUCACAUAGCUGAUUCCAAGGAAGUGUUGUUUGUGAGCUGCUGAAUUCAGUGCUCUGCAGACUGCAUCCUUCUCCUUCAGGUUAAGGUAGAUAACAUUGCAGUUGUUGUAGCAAGGAAGGAGUGACUGUGCUUCUGAAAAUACAUCAUGGUUCCACACAAGCCUAAUCACCUCUUCCUGGUUUUGCAAGCACCAGCAGCAGCCUGAGGUUGGUGGUGAUAUGGAAAACUAAUUUGAUGCUUAACCUGACUUUCCUUCCACUGUUAACACUCCAGUCUGAGAUUUUUGCUGUGAGGUUUCAUAUGGUUUUGAGACAACCGAGUCCCAUUUUCUGCUGGAUUGUUUUGUCUCUGUUUCUAUGUUCAACUAUCCACUCUGAAUUUCAUUGCAAGGGAGAAAUAUCCUGUCUCUCCUUGUGGAUAUUAACAUAUUUUUAUCUUUGACAAAGAUACUAACAUAACUUUUUUUCCUUGUGGCUGAAACUAUGUAAGCUGAUUUGAUACGCAGUUGGUAGCUCGGUACAAGUGGACGCUGACAAGAUAAAGAGCUUACUUUUUUGGGUGGCUCAUGAUGUUAAUAUCUCGCGCGCCCCUGUCAUAAUCUUCAGAGUUUUUAGCGGCUCACAAUGGGUUCAGAUAUUAUUCCGAAGUCUAUUUAUCGUCAUCUUUUCACCCGUCUAGUCUUAAUAAGGGAAUAUAAAGGUACUUGAUCGCUUCGCACACCACAGACUAUCAACAUCCUAUGCUCUUUUUGAACACCAUUGCAGUCACAAGGCCCGGAUUUUUGGAAUCAAUGCCGGCAACUAAGCGGCAGCGUCCCAGGGUAGACAACACUCAAUAUCAUGUUUCAUUUGAAUGGCUGGAUGGUGUUGCACUUAGUUCUGAAUUCGCUCGUCAGAGUACCAGUGUGUAGUGUUUGAGAGCUGUUAGUAGAUGACAUGUGAUCAUUGUACAGAGAAACGCUAAAAGGCCUGGAAAAUGAUGCUGUUUUGCAACUUUGCCCGACACA